AAUGGCAUCUUUUCUUCGUAAACUUUUUGGCCUUAGAAGAAAAAAAUUAACAAAAAAAGAUUCAAUAACUGGAAGGAAUAAUUCUUUUCCUGUCCCAUAUUUGUCAAAAUUGGAAGGGAAUCAAUUAGAAAGUGGACAAUCUUUAAUUGUUAGAGGAGUUAUUAUUUCAAAUGAGGAAUUUGUUAUUAAUUUAACUAGCGGGUCGAGAGUAAUAUUGGAUGAAGAAACUCGUGUUUUGGAUGAUCGUUUACUUUGUAUGAAAAUAGAAUUAAAAAAGAAAAGAAUUCGUUUAAAUGCUUGUAUUAAUGGGGAAUGGGGAAGUGAAGGAUUUGUUAAACAUAAAUGGAAAAAUGGAGAUGAAUUUGACAUUAGAAUAAGAUGUCAUGAAGAUGAAUUUGAGGUAUUUGUUGAUCACAAAUUGUGUGCUCGUUUUGGGCAUUAUGUCCCUUUAACAAAUAUUUCCCAUUUAUAUGUUGAUGGCUGUGUUGAAUUAUAUUCUGUAAAUUUUUUAAAGAAAAAAAAAUAUUUUUUUAAUUUAAAAAUUAAAAAGGUAUCUUGGGAAGGGAGAGAAUAUAUAGUUCCCUAUGCUGCUGAUAUACCUGGAAAUUUCUAUCCUGGAAGGCGUUUAUAUAUUUCUGGAUUAAUUAAAAAAAGAGCUAAACACUUUCAAUUAAUUUUAUGUAAGCAAAUUUAA